ACUUCGAUAAUGGCAAUAUAAUAAACGAAAUUUUCACAAUAAAAUAAUAAGUUAAACGUGCGCGUGUUAGAAAUAAUUGGAAUUGAAAUUGCUCAGUUUAUGUCAAUAAUAUUGCAAAAAUAUUCUUUGCUACCAAACUCUUUCAAGUAAUACGAAUCAAAGGAACAUCAAAGCUUCCUCCACCCAGCACAUGACACGCUUCGUAAGUAUCGUCAAGGAUUGAGAUUACUUUGCAAGCAGAAGCGGAGACCACCAACACCAGAAACUCCACGUCCACUUUCUCCGGCUCAAACAAUUAACUAAAUAUCUAUUUCUUUCUGAAAACAGUAAUUUAUAAAAAGAAAAGAAAAAGGAAACAAAGGAAGAAAUGGCACUUCUAUGGAGUCUCCAAUAUUGAAUGUUCCCAGAUGAUAGGUGAAGUCCAUAGAAGGGCACGGGGCCAAAUCUACAGGGCGCCACCGGCAAAAACAGACAGCCUGGUUUCGUCAAACCCGUCGCCUCGAGCUCCCUCCUCAGGAUUAUUGCUCCUCAAAGUCGUGGAAAAGCUCGAGUCGAGGUGGCCAUGUUACAUUGGUUAUAUAUUAAAUAUAAAUAUAUGUACAAGCUAUGAGAUCCACGUGGACAACACACGUGUGGAGACAUUUAAAGCGGGAUCAACUGGGCUUGAUACACUGAAAGCAUCUGUUAUGGUGAAUGGUAUUUAUAUAUGGGCAGCUGUCAGCCUGCGAUAUUGCCUCGUGGCUGCCAAGUUAAUCCUGCAUUGCCAUUGUUUCGUCUGAUUUUUGAAUAACAAUUGAUAUAAUACCUUUGUACAGGUUUUGUGACUUUUCUGUUUUCAAAGGAAUAUCAGUCUUCCAUAUUUGGAACUUUCUAUCUGGCACGUUGUUGCAUCGAGGUUCCUCAACGUUAGAAACAUGUUACCGUUUGUAAUAAAAAGUGAACAAUUCUUUGCAAUCCGAUUCUGCAAAAAUGUAUAAAAUUCCACCGCUAUGAAUCAGUAAAAUUUCUAUGAAAAAUUAUCUCGACUAAAAUCUGCUAGUCCUAGAGUUAAAUCCUGCUGCAAUCUAAAUUUUUUCAUAGACAUCUUUUUUCAUAAUUCUCCGGCCAAGAAAAAGUUAUUCCAUCAGUUCAUCAUAGCGCAGCAGGAUGAACAAUACAGCCACAGUACAUGAUGUUUAUUGGCACAGUAUCUGCAGCCUGACAGAGCACACGACUCCUCGACCGCGGGGUAUCUUUUUACAGAGGAUUCCUUCGAAGCUGGCUAACACUUAAAGCAAUCUGAACGAAGCCUCUCGAAGGCGAUUAGGAUAUAUUCCAUGGGUUCUAUGUACAGUGUAUGCGUCUGGACGUGUAAUUUGUCUCUCGUGUCUGCGUAACAUUAACUGAGAACAUCGACGACCAAUAGAAGAAUCGGGAACAACGUUGUUUGGACUCCAAACAGAUUAAACACUUUGGUUUACUCGUUGAACCUCAGAGCAAAUAAACUGACUGCGAAUUGCAGUGUGCAGUCCGCAAGACCGAUGAAAGAUGUUUGUUAUAUCCAGAGAUCUGUGGCCUACUCAGAGACCUACUUUUUCAAAUAACCAUAAUACGGUGGUAAUUCGUUUAGAUUCCAUGAAGUUAUGGGGCGCUAGCUGUGAUUCUUACGAAACAAUCCCUUCUUUAUUAAUAAGGAAGCAGUGGCCUUUACUACAGCAACAAAAGUCUAUCAGUAAUCGAGAAUGCAAAGGAAGAGUCACGGUGACUUAGCCUGUGCAAGGAACAGAAUUCCUCAGAGGACAUUCAAUACAAAGGCCUUUGUACAGCAGGGAUGGACGCCACAAAUUAAGUUCCAACACGAACAUACAAAUAUCUUCUUCGUCAGAAUUUCUGGGCCAGAUUUCCAAGCCACCACUUUGUACAGCGAUAGAUCCCACCAAUUCAGAGCCCCACUUUUCAGACCUUCGUUGCUGGCAAGGUUUCACUGAAGAACAUUCGAAGAUGCCAAGAAGUGAAAGAACAGAACGGAAGAAGGAUAGAUGGACUGGUUUCUACCUUCC